AUGAAAAAGAUACUUUUAGCUCUACUGGUUUUGUUCCUCAUUAAGGUGGUGUUAGCCAAUGAGGAUGAGCAAUCUCUUCCCUUUCAACUCCCAAUCUUUGGCCUUGAAGGUAUUAAUGCAUCAAGCGGCGAGUACUCAAACCAGGGACAAUGUGGAAAGCAAGGUCAUCACAUACAAUGUCUUGAUGGAAUGUGUUGUAGUUUGCAGGGUUAUUGUGGAAACACACCAUCUUAUUGUGCUCCUGGAUAUUGUCAGAGUCAAUGUCCAGACCCGUUCCCACCGGGAAGGUGCGGAUGGCAAGCUGAUAAUACAUCAUGUUCUACCGGAAAGUGUUGUAAGAAUGAUGGUUGGUGUGGGAACACAACGGAUUAUUGUGAUCCUGGAAUCUCAUGUCAAAGUCAAUGUACAGAACCGUUAAUCCCACCGGGAAGGUGCGGAUGGCAAGCUAAUGGUACAUCAUGUUCUACCGGAGAGUGUUGUAGUAACGAUGGUUUGUGUGGGACCACACCAAAAUAUUGUGAUCCUCCAAACUGUCGAAGUCAAUGUCAAACACCACCCGCAUCACAUUCAAGCUUAUCUCCACUGUUGGUGGGUCUCUUCAUAUUUUUAAUUGUUGUUGCUCUCGUUUUCUAUCGUCGUUUUGCAAAUUCUCCCAUGUUUUCUAGUUAA